CUCAGAUCAUUCUUCCUAGCCACCAGCGCAAUGACGAACCAACUAACAAUCAAUCAAGGAUCGAUUUGACUACUGUAGAAUUUGUUGUACAGUUUCGACUUAUCGAUUCAAAAUGACAGAAAAAAUGAUGGAAUACCUAUCAUCUUUCCGCAGUACGCUGGGUAGCGCUCCUCAGAGUGAGGAGAACCCUCACGUCCUAACCGAAAGUGAGAUUGCUUUGCAGAGCGCACAGGCAUGCUAUGGAAAUUUCCGUACUCUAGUAGCAGAACUUUUAACCGUACCUGAUUAUUUUGCGAAGACGAGUGGUAGUAGAACGAGGGAUCAUCAAAGGCGAGUUGUGGUCGGAAGCGCUGAAACAUUGGACCACAACGAAGACCACAAUUUGCUUCCAGUUGUCGAACUACAAGAGGUGUUGACGAGAUGUUCAUCCUUGCCACAACUAGCAGUGUUGCUCAGGCGACUGUGGUUCGAUCUUCUCGAAUUGCCUUAUUGGCAAUUGCCUCAACAACAAGAUUGGGUCUGUCAUUUGCUGCUUCUGGUCGAAGCGUCGAAGGAGAAUGUGAUUAACUUCUACGCAGCUGGCGUCCUCUUCGUGCGUCUCUACACAGAAUUGGUCAGGCAGAUUCGCGCAGAUCUAGUCUCUGUUUCUGGUGUUCAUAAGACUCAGGUGGAGGCAGCAAAUGAGACAAAUGAUGGCGCUGGCGCAAAUCUUGAAGACAUCGCUCUUGACCAAUCUGGAGCUGUGCAGUAUGAACAGGGUGGCGAAGAACAAGAUGGAAGGCAAGAUGCAUUAGGAAAAACUACGUUUCAACAAGAGGAGGAGGAUGGUGCUGUACAUGAAGGAGGAGCUGUAUCUUCGCCAGAGACUGCAACUACUGAAGCACAACAUCAAGCAGGCGAUGCUGCAGUACUAGUCGAGCAGUGUUGUAGCAGUCCUCCACUAGGUGGAUUACAUGCAGGAGCUUCCUCUAGUACUAUGACUACUUCCAAUUACGCAGAUCAGAUUGCGAUAGUGGAUUUGAUUCUAGAACAUUGUAGGACCGUGUCCGAGUACUUGGAAUCGCGUAGGGGUGCACUGUUGCCUCAGAGUGCGGAAUUAGAAUUCGAAAAUGCUACUGCGACGUUUUCGAGUUCAAGUUAUGACAUGAUGAACAGCAACUUAUCAUUUUUGAAGAAAUCCAUCGAGGAUACCAUAGCAACUGAGAAGUUUGUAUCAGGAUCAGCAGAACUAUCUACAAUUUAUAUGAUUCAUAUUCAGUAUCGAGCUACGUAUGGAUCGAGCAUUCAUCUGUACCUCUCUCACUUGUAUGGUUCUGGUAUUUGGUAACCUGAAUUUGAUCCUAAGGGAAAACAAGAAGAGAACCCUUAGGAUCAAACUCAGGUAACCAAAUACCGGAACCAUUCGCCACUCUUCUCGUCUAAGAGCCCGUCUCUCUCCCCAGCUCCACCGCCAAGGCCUUGGGUAUCUGGCCUGAGCGUCGCGUGGAGGGCAGCACCGCUGCCAUGUACAGUAGCGCGAUGAUAGUGAUCCCAGGUUCAGUCCUGAUGGCAGCUGGAUUCGUUGGCGGCACUAUGAUGUAUGAACGAGCUCGGAAGAAGGUUCUAAGUGACAAGCUGGAGGAAAUCACGCAGAUGAGAAUCUCCAAGAAUACUACGAAGACUGCGACUUCACCUCAGACUACGACUGGAAUUAUGGGUGCUGCUUUAUCUCAAAGUGCUGGGGGUAAGUCUACUGCUGGGGCUAAAAAUAAUUUGUCUAGUAAAACAAGAACAUCUCCCAGCACUAGUACUACUGCUGGUGUUGAUGAGGAUGGUUGUACUAGUGGUAGCACACCUAGAACCUCGAUGACGAGUGGUGGAGCAGCAGAAAAGGAAACUCCUGGUACCAAGUUCGUUGGUGACAGUCGUAGUACAACCAGUGCAACAGUAGUUGCUGUGGGAGAGAGGGAUGAUGUGGUGGAGGAGGGUGCUGAGACUGACAACAGGAAGGUGAAAGGCCAACUCUUCGGCACCAUGACUGAAACAUCUCCAGAAGCAGAAGAGGAAUCUGCUGCUCAGCGAUUAGGCCGUCAGACCGUUGAGGCCGGCGCUCAACUGGGAGCGGAGGUGGGGGAGAAGGUCAGGGCAGGAUUAGAAUCUCUAGGGCGUGUUGCACUAGCCAAAGCCACAGAACCGGAAAUUUCCUUGCGCUCUCCGACAAAAGUAGUUCUAGGUGGCAACAACGAUGAUGCUGCAGAUCCUGCUAGUAGCGAGCAAACUACAACUUCUGCUCUUACAACAGCACUAGAUGUGACUGUAGUGCAGAACAAAAUCGAGGACAUGAAGAAUUUCAUCACUACCACAGUGGGAGAGGUAGCAGAGAAAUAUACAUCAUCGUCAGCGUCUAGUAGUACGUCGACUAGUGCUGGAGAUCUAGCUGGGUCUUCUUCAUCUGAGUCCUCUGAUAUUAUUGCUGCACAAGACAAUGUAAGCAACUCAGUUAAAAAUGUAGAUGACCAGAUGGUUAGCUCCGAUAAUCUCGCCGAACACGUUGAUGCGAUUUUAGAAGGAAAAGCUCUUCCAGAGGACAUCAGAAAAGAACACAGUAUAGAAGCUGCAACAGCUUUCUUGGCUACACUUGUGACUGAGCCUCAACGCGUAUAUGACGGUCUACGACGUACAUGGACGAAGGCCGUUGGAGAUGAGACUGAAGGAGAUGCGGACGUGAAGAACAGCAAGAACAACAUAUGAGAGGAAAAAGUGUACUCAAGAACGUACUCAAGAAAUUUGCUAGAACUUAUAAGUAGGAAAAUAGCUAAAAAUUUUCUGAGGAUGCGUAGUACACUUCUUCCUGUCAUACAACAACAAUGCCAUCCACAUCGAUGAAUGGACGAAGACUGACGUGGAAGAUAAUGCGGCAGAAGAGCUUGAUGUCGUCGCUGUAUCAUCUUCCACUACUAGGACGAUGCCUCACCACAAGUCGUCGUGUGCCGCUACAGCAUCGAAAGAACAGAGUACCCUUUCACCUGAAGAUGGUGCUGAUGCUGAAGAUAGUGCCUCUACGGUUUUUUCGCCCACGUCUCGGGGAUGUAAAUCUGUUGAGGGUGAUGGAGAUGCUGAAGCCCAAGUUCAUUCUUCUGCCAAAGACAAAGUCGUCGAGGUGGAGCGCUUACUUCCACCGCCUUCUGCCAAAGACGAAGAGCAUCUUCCUGAAACCAAUACCUUGCUAUCAGCCCUUCAUCUCGCUGAAAAUGCUGAUCAUUUCGAAGGUUCUCAGGCUAGUCCUCUGGAUAGUAAUGCAAGUCCGAAAACAAGUUGUACUAAAGCAUUUGUGUCAAAAGCGUCGACUUCAUCCUCUGACACCGAUUCUUCAUCAAAGAUCGAUAAUCAAGAUGAAGCCCGCUUUCUCAAUCCGAUGCUCCGUCUAGAUCGUUCGACAGCUAGUACUUUUGACGUUGCAUGGGCGUCCUUGGAAGUCCAAUGCGCAGCACAGGCAGAAUACGUGUUGAAAGCGAAGAUCUAUCCGAUUUAUGGUUAUUGAGGAAAGUAGCAGAAGUAGAGGUUUGGAAGUAUUCGUACUUGAAUUGCCUUUUUGAGAUUGCUAUUGCUAUGCACACCCGUAAAAAUAACUUAACUGGGUAUAUCAUCAUCAUCAUCAUCAUCAUCUAUUUUCGUUUCUCCUUCAUACUCCCCAAGUCUGCAAUCGUUGUGUUGGGUCCGAAUUCCCGGACGAGCUUCGAUUAAGCGUGUUUCCGCAGGACGAUUACUGGGAAACGUGGCCUAUCCUGUCGAGCAGCGUUCCUAAAGGUAGCGAUGUGUGGCUACGUCCACCGAUUAUUGGAGAGCAGCAAAAACAAGAGCGUGGAGGAAGAUUGAAUUAUGGACACCGAAACUUGCCCCUGUGGGUGGCCAGAAACUGUUCGUAGAGAAUAGAAUGAUAGAGGAGCACUAAGCCCCGCCUGCCGCCGGUUUGCGAACUGGAUAAAGCUGCGGCCGCUCUUUCAGUAGCCCCAGGAUACAAAAAAAAAGAAACUUUUUCUGAAAUCUGUGAUCUCCUCUAAUUUCCGAUUAAGCUUUAUGCUCCAGGCCCGAUCUUGGAUGAGCCGCUGCUCACAGUCGUGAACGUCAUUCGUGGAGAUACGCUGGCGCUACAAACUACAUCUGACGGUGCAAUUAUGGUCAUGAAGGUGGAAGGUACUGGGGUUUGACGUGUCGGAGGAUAUUUCAAGAUUUAAGAGCUACAAGUAGACGUAACUAAGAGCUAAGACUUUAUAAAGAUUCUGAUCUAACUAAGAGCUAAGACUUUAUAAAGAUUCUGAUUGUUUGAAAAAAAGACUAACGCAUGUUCAUGAUAGAAGCGAAUUAUAUUCAUUGCCCAGACAACAUAUAAUUAUCCUCACGGAUCGGUAAAGAAUGCUCGUGUUCAAUAAAUCACAUAACUCUAGUACUAGCGCACAAUAACAUAGUUAUGGGAAACAAAAGGUCUACUUCACAAAUUAGGAUUAUCAUCAUAGUGAUAGUCGUGCUUCGCGACGUAAUUUUGUAGAAUCAAUCCGAUAGCAUAUCAUGGUAUAUCAUGGUACAGAACAUCUACAUCUAUUAUCUUCGCACCCCCGGAUACCGAUGAAAGUACUUAUAAGUAGCUGUGCACGGAGGUUUAUUGCCUACUUGAAAUGGAAAGUUUCGUGGUAUAAUCCAUCCUUUUGGUAAACAUUGUCAUACUUUUCGACAGCAUGUGCAGUUGACACUCCUACGGCUCAACCACGGGGCAACAAACAAACAAAGCCCUGAAAUCAGUAAUGCUAAUAAGAUAUAAUGCGAAAACAAUCCGCCCUUGC